UGUGUGCGGUGCCGCUUUUCGCUAAAUGUUUUUCCAACCUUUUUUCCAUCAGGUCCGGGGGGUUUUGAAGUGGCGUGAAAGUGGCGCUUUUCCGAAGCGGAAGCAACAGAAAAUAAGAAGAAAAUAGAAAACGGACACACUCCUCGGUUUGCCGGUUGCUGAAGUGUGUGUGUGUGUGUGAUGAUUCCGCUUGUGUGCGCGCGUUCAUCCGUGUGUUUGUGCUCAGGUGUGUUCUAACUUUGUACUUUGCAGCUCGACUAGCGCUGAAGCGCACCGCAAAAGGGUUCCGCAGAGUGCCGCGCGGAAAUUAGUGCUCUUCGGUGGAAAAGCAACAAAAAAAACAAACAACAAAACACUUAGCUCGCACGUGGCCCCGGAAGUGAACCUCGCGAACAGGAAGCGAGAUAGCUUUUCAGGUGCGCCAGCGCUAAUGCUAAUGUGUGACGCGAGCGGACACCCAGUGCUCGUGACGGUCGAGUGUGUGCUUCCAACACACCGGAGCGACCGUAGGAAGUGAACGUGGAUAAGUGAAAAGAGUGAAAGAACGCGAAAGAACCCACCCCACGCCACAGGAAAAGCGACUCUCCUUCGGGCUGCUUCUGAGGCGACGCGGAAAAAAAAAACAAACGAAAGGACGACAGGACAAUCGCGCGGGUGCGCUGGUGCAGCGAAUAUGGCCGGUUUCGUUUGGCAUCUUUUGCUGGUGUUUCUCUUCACGCGGGAAACGGCUUACGGCACUUCAUUCGGAAACAGUCUGUCCGACUCGCUGCUGGAUCCGGACUUCAUCGACAGCCCGCCGAUGGUGCAGCCAAAGUUCACGUCCCGCUCGCAGUCGGUCCGGGCCGUCAUCGGCGACACGAUUACGCUUCCCUGCGAGGUGGAAAAUCUAGGCCGAAACAUCCUGCUGUGGCGCCGAGGGAGCGCCGUCGUAACGGCGGCCACGCUGAUCAUUACGCGCGACACACGCUUCAAGCUGCUCGAGGGCUACAGCCUGCAGAUUAAGAACGUGCGCCCGCAGGACGCCGGGGAUUACAACUGCCAGAUCGGGGACCACGACAACCGGGACCUGGUGCAUACGGUCGAGAUCCUGGUGCCACCGUCCGUCCGCUCGAACCCGGAGACGGGCCACGUGACGGUGCGAAAGGGCGGCACGGCUACACUCGAGUGCAAAGCAUCCGGCAACCCGGUCCCAAGCAUCAGCUGGCAACGGAAGGACGCGCUGCACGGUACACCUCACCUAUCGGAAGGACCCACCCUAACGCUCGAGAACGUCAACCGGCAGGACAGUGGAACGUACCGGUGCUACGCGGAAAACGGCAUCCGGGAGCCGGUCUUCGUCGACAUCCAGCUGACUGUCCUGUCGCCACCGGAAAUCACGGUGGAAAAAUCGUGGGUCCACGCGGGCGAAGGAUACGAGGCCCAGCUCGUCUGCACCGUACACGGUGAUGCGAAUCCCGAGGUGAUGUGGUACCAGGACUCCUUUCUGCUGCACCCAAACGACCGACGGACGAUGGAUACACGCGGCGAAAAGCACUACCUAACUGUCCGGAACGUUCGUGCGUCCGAUUUCGGCAAUUACAGCUGCGUGGCCGAGAACUCGCUGGGACGCGCGAAAAAGUACAUCGAGGUGUCGGGACGGCCCGGACCCGCCCAGUUCCAUUCGCCGAUGUACAGCAGAUACCGGGAGAUGUACAACCUGACCUGGAGCAUUGAAUCAUUCCCGCUGAUAGAGGAAAUAAGAUUACUCUACAGAAAAUUAAUGAUGAACGAGACGUUUCAGCAUCCGGGCAGAUGGCACGACAUCAUCCUAAACCCACCGUCCACGCGUUCCGAAUCCUUCCGGCACAUCAUGACGUACACCAUCAAGGGGCUGGAACCGAGCUCGGUUUACGAGACGAUCGUGCAGGCGAAGAAUCGCUACGGCUGGAAUGAGGUCAGCGACAUCUUUCAGUUCUACACGCUCAGCACCGACAUGCCGAACGAGGACGUCGAGCAAACGCUUGGUUCGACGGCGUACGGCAACAACUACCGGGCGCACAACCGUGGCCCGAGAACUCACCACGCUCCAGCCGGUGGUAUCCUGACCGUGGUGGUUCUGCUGACCCUCGCAGGGAUCGUACAGCGACUCGCAAGAUGCCACUUCUAA